CUAGUUUCUAGUUAGUUAUGAAUUUAGCUGCAACCCACGAGAGUUGUUGACAGAGAGGUUAUGUCCAAGAUUUAUAAAUAAUUAUUUAAUUAUUCAAUUUAAAAAAUCAUUAUUUAUUAUGGCAUUUAAUUUUAAAAACGCGGAAGACGUCGAGGCGUACUUGAAGAAUAUUUAUACCGAGUAUAGAUUCGGGUGUGAAAGUGAAAAAAAUCCAAAUGCUUGUCAUCUUCUGGGUGAUUAUUUAGAAGGUAUAACUCGAGAUUUUGAGCAAGCUGCUGAGACUUAUAAGAGUAAUUGCGAUGAGAGAAAUUGGCCGAGAAGUUGUGCUAAAUACGGCGGAUAUGUCGGUGUUGGUAGAGGUUGCGAGCAAAACAUGGAAGAGUGUUUCAAAUACAUGAGAAAAGGCUGCGAGCUGGGCGACGGAAUCGGGUGCGUAAAAGCGGGUCUAUUAGCAACAACCCCGAGAUAUAAAUUCCUGGAUAACCGAGCGGAGCAAGUAGCCCUGGGGAUGAAGAUGCUCUCAAAAGGGUGCUACCAGCACGACAGAGACGAAGGUUGCUUCUAUCUCUCCGGGAUUUUCCUGGGCGGUCUCAAGGACGACGUGGAGCCAAAUUUGACCGAAGCUUACAAAUUGUCGAUAAAGUCUUGCGAGGCGGGGAACCCUUACGCGUGUGCUAAUCUCUCGCAGAUGCACGCGCGAGGCGAAGGCGCCGAAAAAAACGCAUCUCUUGCAGAGUUGUUCAAAGAACGGGCGCUCGUGCUUCACGAAGAGCUUAAAAAAGUUCAAAAGCAAAUCGAGUUCGGGCAAGGUAUCGAUGUGUAAAUAAAUCUGUAUUAUAUUUAAUUGUAGAAUUUAAUUUUUAAAUAUUAUUUAAUUAAUAUUUAAUGUUUUGCUAGUUUGUCAAUAAAUAUUUUUAACAAUCAUUGUAAAUA